AUGAGUCAGCGAACACUGCAAGAGAGUCUGGUCAGCAGCUUUGGUGUUCGACUGGCACGCGUGGAAGCUUUCCUGGGCCUAACUGCUGAUUCUGACGGCGAGGUACCGCAGAUUCGUGCCUACAACGAGUACGUGGACGAGUACUUGCCUCCAUUCCUCUCCGCGUGCAAGCAGCUAGGAGAUUCCGCUCUGGAGCUGGAUCGGCUUCUCGAGAAGGCGUUCAUUGCGCAGCGAUCAUUUCUGUUCCAGGCCAGCCAGUGCCGAAGACCACAAACGAUACGCCCGGCGGAUUUCGACAGUUUGUUAGAGGUGCAGUCCUGCAUUGAAGAGAUUAGCAAGAUCCGUGACAACCGUAGUGAAUUCACGAAUCACCAGAACAUGGUGUACGAAGCUGUGCAAGCUCUGGGCUGGUUGUGUGUUGAACGCACGCCCAAACCUGCUGUCGACUCCUUCGUCGAAGCCGACAACUCGUACAUCCGCUCAGGUUACCGACUGCACUACUCGGCACGUGACUGUUUCCUGUCGCUCUUUGAGCUGCACAAUGAGACUCUGAACGUGUGGACGCACAUGGUUGGAUCCUUUAUCUUCCUCAUGCUCAUGGUAUAUCUGGCGCUCUCGAGCCACGCGCUGUCUCCUGCGGCCGACACUGCGGCGCUUGCAGGUCUCACGACCCCGCAGGCCUGGUGCGAUAAUGGCCAGCAGUGGAUCGUGGACGGCCGUCACACACCGCGAGUGCUGUUGUCCACGGGUCUGCCGGAGCUCUGCCCGCCUCCAGGCCGUGUGGCCCCCGCCAAGUACUAUGAGGUAGCCAGCGUCAUCUUCGACCACAGUCUGCAACGUCUACCCAGUUUGGAGCGCUUCCACGCCCUCGUGGAGCAGAACGUGGGCGGUUUCUCCGACUCGGUGGGCGCCCAGAUGGAGCAGCUUCGCAGCGAGUUGGGCGCGUUAUCUGCGCGUCUCGGCGGCCAAAUGCGUGACGCUCAUUCAGAACAGGUACGAUCGCUCAAGAUGCAGCUGGGCGCGCGCGUCGAGUCGUUGUCGGUGUUCCUGCAGGACGUGGCUAGUCAAGUUGGAGCGGACUUGCCCAUGAAAUACGCACUGGAGGAGCUGGACGGUGUGGCCGAGAGCGUACGCAAGGGACUUCACAUCUUGGCCACCGCUGAGGGUCCUCACAAUGUGCCGCACUGGCCAAUCUUCGCCUUUAUGGCCAGCGCUGUCAUUUGCUUGACAUGUAGCGCCACUUUUCACUUGAUGUUCGUGGUCAGCCGCUCGGCCUACAUGUUCCUAUCACGUCUGGACUACGCUGGUAUCACGAUUCUCAUCGCUGGGUCCUUCUACCCCAUGAUUUACUACUCGUUCUACUGCCACCCGUGGCUACGUAGCGCCUACCUCGUGUCCAUCUCGGCGAUGGCCGCGCUCACUUUCGUUGUGGCGCUUAUGCCAGUGUUUAGCACGCCCAGGUUCCUCGUGGCGCGCACGUGCAUCUUCCUGGCGCUGGGCUUCUUCGGUGUGGUCCCCGUGACGCACCUGGUGUGGCACUUUGGCCUCUUCGACCCUCACGUCACGGUCAUGAUCGGCCCGCUGUUGCUCAUGGGACUGCUGUACACAAGUGGAGCCAUCAUCUACGCGACCAAGUUCCCGGAACGCUUCUUCCCUGGCCGCUUCGACCUGUGGUUCUCCAGUCACCAGCUCUGGCACAUUUGCGUCGUGGCCGCUGCGCUCGUGCACUUCGCCAACGCUUUACAGCAGUACGAGUGGCGCUGGAACACACAGUGCGAGGCAUAGCUAGAAGGAGAACAGUUCAUGUAUUUGGUCGCAUAUCGAGUUGACGCUGCUGGAGGAAGAGCGAUAGCGGCUAAAUAAGAGUGCGCCCACCUUAUUUUUAACAGUUUCUUAUCCGUCUGAUCGCUAUUUUGACCGUAAUUCCCUAAUUGAAGCUCAUUCAGUG